UGGGGUCAUUUGCAACAACAACAAUGUUCAAUUUUUCCACCCUUGUUCAUAAUCCUCAACCCCAAACACUCAUCUUCUCUCCAUUCCCUUCUUCCACACCUCGCAAGUUUCAAUCUUUUCAACCUCUCAAAUCCCCCACAAACCGCAACCUCUACAAAAUUCUCUCUUCAUCAUACCAAAAUGACAACAACGACAACGACGAAGAACACAUCAUCGGAGAUUGUCUGGUUUUCGAAGAAGGCAUUUUCGAAGACCCCAUUUUCCCAACAUCCGACAACAACCUCGUAAACAACAAAAAACCGAAACCAAUUUCAAAGAAGAAAAAACAGACAGUGAUAAAGUCCGAGAAUCUUGUUCCUGGUAAAUGGAAAGAAGUUCAAGCAGGGAUAAACAUAACGAAGAAAGAACAGCCUAAGAUAGCUCAAGAGAUUGAGUUUAAUAGUAAAGAAGAACGGCGUAAGAUAGCUCAAGAGUUUGAGUUUAAUAGUAAAGAAGAACGGCGUAAGAUAGCUCAAGAGUUUGAGUUUAAUAGUAAUUUUAUGAAGAAGAAAAGUGGGUUGGUUCAUUUGAGGGAUAUUGAUUCGAACGAGUAUAAAGCUUAUAAAGAAGCUAAAUUGGCUCAGUUGACGCCUUUGGUUCUUGAUAAGGUUCCGAGUUUUUGUUUUGCUGAGAAAAAGAAGGAAAGAGAAUUAGAUGAAUUGAGUGAUGAGAGGGUAGAGGCUAGGAAUCCUAGGUGGGCUGUUUAUGGGAAAGGGUUGGAGGAUGUUAAGGAGUUUUUGAACAGUGAGAGUUAUGAUCCUGCUGCUAAGAAAAUUGGAGGUCUUCCUUUUUUGUUUACCUGGGAGGAGAGGGAUUCGUUGAAAAAGAAAACGCCAGACUUGUCAGUUGCUACUUCAGAUAAAUGGAUUCCUUUGCACACUUUUGCUGCGAGCGGAGAAUCUUUCCUUUUAGAUACUUUGUUGCAGCAUGAUGUUGAUAUUAAUGCUAUGGAUAAGGAUGGUUUGAGCGCUCUUUACAAAGCGAUAAUUGGAAGAAAGCUUGCCAUAACCCAUCUUCUCGUGAGAAACUUGGCGAAUCCGUUUGUGCAAGAUAAUGAUGGGGCCACCUUGAUGCACUAUGCUGUACAAACAGCGUCUGCCCGAGCAAUUAAAACACUCUUGUUUUACAAUGUGGAUAUAAAUCUUCGGGACAACGAUGGCUGGACACCAUUACAUCUUGCUGUUCAGACUCAGAGACCUGAUAUAGUGGAGCUUCUGCUGAUUAAAGGCGCUGAUCGGACAUUAAAAAACAAGGAUGGUUUAACUCCACUCGACCUUUGCCUUUACUCUGGUCAAAAUGUCAGUACAUAUGAGUUAAUCAAGUUGUUGAAACAGCUGCCUUAUAUAGACACGCCUGAGAGACGAGUUAAUCAAGUUGUUAAAACAGCCUUAAAUAGACACGCCCGACGGAAGUGGAUAAGAAAAUAAAUAAAACUUUUGAAGAUCUGGAACAAGUAAGUGAAGAAUAGCCAUUGCUGAGUUUUUCAUGGCAGGUAGCAAGCAGCUCUUCAGCAUAUGGAAACUUUAGCUUUAGGACAAGGAUGCUAUUGUAUUAAAAAAAAUGCAUUCAAAAAAUAUGAUAGGGAAGUAGACUUUUUUGCAUUAAAAAAAAAAAAAAAGAAGAAGGAAAACGACUUGCCAUUUUUUAAAAAUAAAAAUGUGAUUUCAAAUUUGGACGCCAAACCAGAAAAACGUGAAUUUCGUGAAAAUAAAUAUGUGAAUUUUUUAAA